UCUGUGAUGUAUGGUUUUAGUCAAUUGGACCGAUUUCCUGGCGUUCUUGGUACCUUGGAUUGUACCCAUAUAAGAAUUCAGUCUCCUGGAGGACAUAAUGCUGAACUUUUCCGCAAUAGGAAAUCAUAUUUUUCCUUUAACUGUCAAACCAUUAGUGAUCACAAUUUGUUAAUAAGAGAUAUUGUCGCUCGAUGGCCGGGCUCUGUGCACGAUAGAACCAUAUUUCUCAACUGCGCUCGCAGAGCUCAAUUUGAAAACGGAGAAAUACCACAAGGUCACUUAUUGGGAGAUAGUGGUUAUGCAUGUAAAUCCUACUUGUUAACUCCACUUCUAAAUCCGCAAAACGAAGCAGAGCAUCGGUAUAACAGGUCUCAUAUUAAAACUAGAAACACUGUUGAGAGAAAAUACGGCAUGUGGAAGAGAAGAUUUCCCAUAUUAUCUGUAGGAAUAAGAUGUAAUCCACAGGAAGCAAUGUCAAUCAUUGUGGGUACGGCUGUCUUGCAUAAUAUUGCGAGGAGUACAAGCAGUGAUGAACCACCAGAAGAUCCUGAAAUUUCUCGACUUUUAAAUCAGUUACGUGAUGAGAGGGGCCCCAACAUUGAAGACAACGAAGAAGUGCUACCUGGACAGCAGAUGUAUCGUGAUGAUACAUUACCUGGAAGAGUAGUUCGCCGUGCUAUAAUUAAUGAACAUUUCCGAUAAUCUAACAUAAAUUCAGACAUUGUUCGUAAUGAAAAAUUAUGAUUAUAGUUAUGGGAUUUCGCCGUAUUUUCAAUUUUUCAGAUUAUUUCAGCAUGUAAUCUAUUUUGUUUCUGCUGUCUAGCGAACAUAAAAGUACUCA